AUGAGGUUCACCAACAUAUGCAGCACCGUGCUGCCCAUCCUCACGACCCUCACCACCGCAUCCCCAUCACCAUCCUCAUACAGCACCUCCAAAAUCCCCCCUCGCCCCAACCUCACGCCCUCCCCCUACACAACGGGCCUCGAAUUCCCAUGCUCCCCCCCUCGCUCCGCCCACAAAAAAUGCUUCGUCGCUCCCGUCUCCACCUCCGCCGACCGCGACGACGCGCCCGCCAUCAAAGCCGCCCUCAAAAAAUGCAACAACGGCGGCACAGUCGUCCUCGACAAAUCCUACCUCGUCAGCUCGCCGCUCGACCUCACGUUCCUCCGCCACGUGGACGUCGUCAUAACGGGCGAGAUCCACUUCAACGCGAAGGACGUGUACUACUGGGCGGAGAACAGCUUCAAGUACGACUUCCAGAACAUGUCGACGUUUUGGAAGUGGGGCGGCGAGGACGUGAAUAUCUAUGGGGAUUUGAGUAAUGGGAAGAGUGUUAUCGAUGGGCAUGGGCAGAAGUAUUGGGAGGAGAUUGUUACGAAUAAGACUUUGUUUAGGCCGAUUUUGUUCUCCAUGGAUGGGAUGAAGGGGGCGACUAUGUCGAAUCUGAGGAUGAGGAACUCGCCUAACUGGUUCAACAUCAUCGCCAACAGCUCCGACAUCCUGAUCAGCGAUCUCGACAUCCAAGCAAAGAGCACCGACGGCGUCAAGAUCGCCAACUCGGACGGCUGGGACACCUACCGCUCCAACAACGUGGUAAUUCAGAACUCCGUCAUCGACAACACCGACGACUGCGUAUCCUUCAAGCCCAACUCCACCAACGUCAUCGUCCAAAACCUCGACUGCACCGGCUCGCACGGCAUCUCCGUCGGCUCGCUAGGCCAAUACGCCAACCUCACCGACAUCGUCUCCAACCUGUACAUCCACAACAUCACCAUGGCCCUCGCCUCGGACUUCGUCCGCAUAAAAGUGUGGCCGGGCGUCGCCUCGCUCUUCCAGGAGAACCUCAACGGCGGGGGCGGGAAAGGGUAUGUCAGGAACGUUACGUACGAGGGGCUCGUGAGUAGGGAUAACGAUCGCGCCAUCACGAUUACGCAGUGCUACGGGCAGAAGAAUCAGACGCUGUGUAACGAGUUUCCGAGUGAGUUGAGGAUCGAGGAUGUGCUUGUGAAGAAUUUGAGGGGGACGACGAGUAAGAAGGCGGAUCCCGAGGCGGGGACGUUGGUGUGUAGUGCGCCGGAUAGAUGCAGUAACAUCCGCGUCGAGGAUGUCGAUAUCAAGGUGCCGAGCGGGAAUACGACGACGUGGGAGUGUAUGAACGUGGAUGAGAGUUUGUUGAAGAUCAACUGCGUUGCGAGCGACGGCGAGAGGGAUACUACGAACGGCUGA